GUGAAUCAAAGGAAACUCAUCUUUAGAAAGACUUCUUCUUUUGAGUCGAGUCUUUUAUAUUGAGAGCUUUAGAGUCUCACCGGAAUAGUAAGACUGAUGUUUAAUCUCAACUGUUUCUGAAUAUAUUAUAUUAUCCACAGAAAUAUACCCUGGAAAAAAUAUAAGAGGCAUCUGUUUUUCCCAAACACUGGACAGCAAGGGAGUUAACACACAAUGGGGCAAGAAGGAUCUCAAAAUAAACAGGGAGGCCAGCACUUCACUUGGGUCAUUGCUAUUGUGUUCAUCUCACUUCUUGGUGCCUGCUUUAUUGCAAAUUGCUUGGUGACCCACACCAACUUUCUACGCUGUAAGAAAAGCAGCCCUGGAAUGUCCAAGCUGACAUGCAUCGAGGAAAAAUCAGACCUGAAAGGGGACACCUGGAAUUGCUGUCCUAUUGGCUGGAGAGCCUUCCAGUCCAGCUGCUAUUUUCCUUUUCAUGACAACAAGACAUGGGUGGAGAGUGGAAGGAACUGUUCAGGGCUAGGGGCCCACCUGGUCACCAUCAGCACAGAAGCUGAGCAGAACUUUAUUACUCAAUUUUUGGAUAAAAGAUUUUCAUAUUUCCUGGGACUUUCAUAUGAGAAUCCUGAAGGCCUUUGGCAAUGGGUGAACAGGACACCAUUUAACCCACAUAUGGAAUUCUGGCAUAAGGGUGAACCCAAUAAUCAUCAGAAGGAAAAUUGUGUUGUCCUUGUUAAUGACCAAAACAAAUGGGCCUGGAAUAAUCUUUCUUGUAACUUUGAGGCAAGUAGGAUUUGUAAGAAACCUGGAAGAAUACUCACCUGAAAGUUAUGAAGAGGUUCUUGUGAUGAGGACAGAAAAGAAGAACCCAUUAGCCUAGGGAAGAAUGUACAUGCACUACUGGAAUAGAGAAAACAUACUAGAUGAGGGGCUGAUGGUAGAAC